ACCACUUUAACAAUUUCAAAGUACACACAAGUUGAAAUCACACACAAUCUAGAUCAAUCUUUUCUCUUUUAAUUUGCUCUGUUUAUCGAAUGCUCUGUUGUCAAUCAAACAGUUUCAGUGGGUCUCUUUCUCAGAAAACAAAAGUCAAGAACAUGUUUGGAUAGUGAAGAAAAAAAAAAAAAAAAUGCUCGUGUCAACGAGGACUCAGAUCAACACCAACCCAGAGCAAAAUGAGUCCAAUCAAGAACACAAAACCAGAUUGAUGACAGAUCGAGACGAAAUGCAAACCCAUAUGGGUCUUCCACUGAGAAACCUGCACCAUGGCUUGAAAGAGAAGAUGAAGGCAUUGACCAUUUUGUACGAGCAGCAAAAGCAAGCAUCUGCAGCUCUCAAAAACCCACCUUCCAGACCUGAGUUUUCGACCCACCUGAGGGAAGAGAAGGACCCAAAUGAAUCAAAACAGAGUCAUGUAUGUCCUCUGCUGCUGAUUGAUGAUGCAAAAGAGAAUGUGGAGGUGAGUGAUAACAAUAGGAUUGUUGGGUUUCCGGGUACAGUGGCGAGAAAGCUAUCGAUGGGAAGCUCAGUGGUGGAGCAGACAGGCUAUGGAGAGACCAAGAAUGUGCAGGAAUUGCAGACCAUUACAGAGAAACCACCGGACAGUACUAAAGACGGUAGUAGUAGGAUUCUUGUAUCUGUGAGGCUUAGGCCUAUGAGCAAGAAGGAGAGAGAAGUUGGGUCUCGGUGUUGUGUCUGGAUCGUUUACCGGAGAGAGGUUUAUCUGACGGAAAUGGCGACUGAGAAUGAUUAUCUUCGGCUAAAGAGGAUUCAGGGGCGACAUUUCACCUUUGAUGCCUCCUUUCCGGAUUCCACUACUCAACAGGAAGUCUAUUCCACAACAACUGCGGAGCUCGUGGAAGCAGUUUUGCAAGGGAGGAAUGGGUCAGUAUUCUGCUACGGUGCCACUGGAGCUGGAAAAACGUACACUAUGUUGGGCACGGUGGAGAAUCCGGGGGUGAUGGUUUUGGCAAUAAAGGAUCUUUUCAACAAGAUUAGACAGAGGAGCUGCGACGGGAACCAUGUGGUUCAUCUAUCAUAUCUUGAGGUCUAUAAUGAAACUGUCCGGGAUUUGCUUUCCCCUGGAAGGUCACUGGUCCUUAGAGAAGAUAAACAGGGGAUCGUGGCAGCUGGUCUUACUCAAUACAGAGCUUAUUCUACAGAAGAAGUUAUGGCAUUGCUUCAACAAGGAAACCAAAAUCGAACCACUGAACCAACUCGUCUGAAUGAGACUUCUUCGCGCUCCCAUGCUAUACUGCAGGUUGUGGUUGAAUAUCAAAUCAGAGAUGUUUCUAAUAAUGUUGUAAACGGAGUGGGGAAGCUGUCACUUAUUGAUCUUGCUGGUUCAGAAAGAGCUCUCGCUACUGAUCAGAGAACACUAAGAUCACUUGAGGGUGCUAACAUUAACAAGUCACUCCUUGCACUGAGCAGCUGCAUCAAUGCCCUAGUUGAGGGCAAAAAACACAUUCCAUACCGCAAUUCCAAGCUCACCCAGCUGCUCAAGGACUCUCUGGGAGGAGCUUGUAACACGGUUAUGAUUGCCAAUAUCAGCCCAAGCAAUCUUUCAUUUGGUGAAACCCAAAACACCCUUCAUUGGGCUGAUCGAGCCAAGGAGAUCCGGACCAAGGCAUCUGAUGCAAAUGAGGGAAUAUUGAAAUUACCUCAAUCUGAAGAAGAUCAGGCAAAGUUAUUGCUUGAGCUGCAGAAAGAAAAUCGUGAAUUGCGAGUACAAUUGGCACGUCAGCAGCAGAAGCUAUUAACUUUCCAAGUAAAAUCCUUGGCUGCGAAUUCCUCACAAACCCCUUCCUCAGUAACCUCUCUCUUGUCUCCUGCCCCACCAAAUGAAAAAGAAAAAACCAGAUCAAGUUUCUUGGCGAGUAAUUUUUCCGCCCUAGAAACAAAAAAGCCAGGAGCAGACGAGACUGUUAAGGAGCUCCGUCAGACUGUGAAGGCACUAGAAGCAGAAAUUGAGAGAAUGAGAGAGGAUCAUGCAUUGCAAAUAAAGCAGAAAGAUGAUGUCAUAUGGGAGCUUUCACUAAAGGGUGAAAAACCAGCAAAAGGAGUGGGUGGGGAAGGCGAGAAGAAGGUUGUCACAAGAGUGAGCUUGCAGCCAAAGGAGAAAACUAUGGGUGAGUUGAAGAGCCCUAGUCAUCGGUUUCUGUCCCCAGCGCCGACAGCUAAGAAACGCAGUUUUUGGGACAUUACAACUGCUAAUAGCCCAUCACUUGUGACGAUAAAUGGAAGAAAAAUUAGAAGCCAUGACACUUCUGAACCUGUAGCAGCUCCCUCCAUGAUUCCUCAGUACAUCAUCCAGCCAGGUUUUGCUCGUAAACUUUGAAGCAGUAAAAGGGGGAAAAAAAGGAAGAAGAAAUUGAUUGAAGAAGUUGAGAAGAUGGUACCUUGUUUAUAACUUUUUCAUCCUUUGCUACACUCUUUCUGCUCAAUUUGGUGGACUGACAUGGAAGAAAGCUUUGAUUAGCGUCAUUUAGACAAUUGCUUUUACAAAACCUCGACUUUAGAAUAGGGGAUGGGAUGAAGUUCAAGAUGAUUACAGACCCUUGGUGUGAAAAUCAAACCUUAAUUCAGAGAUUUGGGGCUACAUUGCUUAGACAAGUGGAUAGACAGGCUUUAUUAGCAGAACUUAUUAUCAAUGGCAGAUGGGAUAGACCUGACUUUAUACCUGAGACAGUGUUUAAUGUUUUUCAGAGGAUAAAGAUUGUAGCAGGUUCAGACAUUAUAGGCUGGAAGACUGGUGGAUUCUCUCUGAAAGCAGCUUUUAACUCAUGUAGAUAUACAACUCCAACAGUGAACUGGUGUGAUCUCUGUUGGAAAUAUUGCAGGCCUCGAAUUGCUGUAGGGGUUUGCAUCAUUUUACACAACAAGAAUUUAUCUUUGGUCAACUUGCAGAAACGAGGCAUUACUCUUUCUGCUAUAUGUCACAACUGUAUGAGGAAUGUGGAUUCCAAUGAUCAUCUUUUUUGCACUUGUAGCUAUGCUCAGAAGGUUUAGCAUGAGAUUUUUUCUCUUCUACACAUAGAUAAUCCAGGAUGUAAUUCUCUCAUGCAACUGGUAGAGUGGUUUGGACUGCAAACCAAUUCUAACUCUACAAAAUCGAAAGUGUUGAGCUCAGUUUUUUCAACUGUCAUUUGGAAAAUCUGGGCUAUCAGAAAUGAAGUUUUGCACAAUGGAGAUCAAACUCAAGCUAAUCUUGCUGCACAGUCUAUUGUUUGGGAGGUUUUGUCACAUCUCAAAAUUAGACUUGAAGAUUUCCUUCUCAUUUUUUAAUGAGGAAGGUUUUGUUUUCUGGUCUUAUUGCUGGGGCUUGUUCAGUGUGUUUUUCAGUUGGAUAUGUUGCUGAUCUGCUGCAGAGUACUUGACCAAAUGGAUGUUGAUUUGGUUCAUCACAUUGGACUGUCUUGUUUUUCAGUAUCAGAGGUUUUUCAUCACAAUGGAGAUCAAACUCAAGCUAGCUCAAAAUCAGACUUGAAGAGUUUUAUGGUCUUAUUGCUGGGGUUUGUUCAGUGUGUUAUCGCCGGGGUCUGUUGUCAGUUGGAUAUGUUGCUGAUCUGCUGUAGAGUACUUGACCAAAUGAUUUGGUUCAUCACAUUGGGCUGUCUUUCAUGGUUUUUUUUCAGCAUCAGAGUUUUGUUUUCUUGUCAAAGCAGGAUGAGAACAUUGAGUUUUUGUUUUUGCUUUCAUUUGUCUUUUGUUUUUUCAAUCUUAGAUUUGGGUUUUUCUUAGAUAAUGGAGUUUACUCCAUUUCUUGGCUUGUAUUGGAGGAUUUUGCCUCCUUUUGUAAUUGUACCAGGAAAAAAAAAAAAAAGAUUAGGAUUUUAUUGAUUUC